UCGCUCCCUCUACCAGAGGCAGCUGCACCUGCUCUGGGGGCCCAAGGAGCGCGCGGGCCAGGGGCGGCCCCAGAGAGGAGGAGGCGGGCGAGGAGCGGAUCUGCCAGGCCGUGUCGCGGCGGCGUCUCGCGGCGAGAAUCAGGAGGAGGAGGAGAGGCAAGGAUAGGCCCAGGAGUAAUGGAGUCCAAACAGAAACAAGCACUUAAAAAUCUCAAAGUGGAAAAUGCUCAACAGGAAAGCGAAGGAGAGGAGCAGGCCUCUAUUCAGAGUGAAGAGGAAUCCUGCCGCUUGGGAGGGGCUGAAGGCCAGAAGCCUGGAGGAAAUGUCAAGCUCGGGCGAGUCAGGCGACUUGUCCCUAAUUUUCGAUGGGGCAUAUCUAGUAGGCAUAUUGAUCGCAAUGAAGUGGGAGAUGAUGUAGAAAAGUUUGUUGGGCAGAUGAUGGAAAUCAAAAGAAAGAGUAGGGAGCAGCAGAUGAGGCAUUACAGGCGCUUCCAAACCCCUGAACCUGACAAUCAUUAUGACUUUUGCCUCAUACCUUGAAACUAAGAUUUUUCCCUGAGGCUCCAAAUGUGGCCACUGCUUUACAAGCUUGCAUUUUUGUAAAACAUUUGGUGUAUCUAUAUUAAUUUCUGGUUGAAUAUUUUGCUUCAAUUUAAAAGAAGUUUCUGCAUGGCCGUUCAACCUGUUUUAGAAAAAAAUGAUUUUCAUAGUUUGAAAUUGGCUGGGGUAAUUGGUGUAUGUCACCACACCUAGCUUUAUUAAUUGACAUGAGGGUCUCACUAACUUUUUGCCCAGGCUGUCCUCAACCUGCAGUCCUCCUGAUUUCAGUCCCCCAAAUAACUAGGAUUACAGGCAUGAGCCAUUGGCCUUUGGCUAACCUCUAGAAUUUUAUUAGUUACAAUUUAGGCAUUCCUACUCUAAUACUGGUUCCCAUGGAGGUUCCUGCUCCAGUAAUUUGUCAUUCUCUGUUUUUUACCUGUCUGACUCUCCAAUUUGGGAGCAGUUGUUUUCCCUUUUAUUUCAGUUUUCUGGAGGAUCUAAGAAGAGUUACUGAUUUUUUUGGUUCAGUUCUUUAUUUUUUGUCAGGAUAGAGUGACAGCUUUCAAGUUUCUAUGUCAGGACAAAAAUGAGACACUUAUUUAUCUAUUUUGUCUCAUGUGUCACUAAUUCAUUCUUUUUUGUGGUACUGGGGUUUGAAUUCAGGGCCUCAUGUUUGCUAGACAGGCGGUUUAACCACUUGAACCACACCUCCAGCCCAAUUCAUUCUUUUUUAUUGCUGAGUAGUAUUCCUGUAUGUGGAUAUAACACAAUUUCACUUACUGAUUUGCGUCUUAAGAAACGUAUGAGUUGCUUCCAAUUUGGGUGUCUUCUGAAGAAAGCUGCUCUGAACAUUGGUACAUAUGUCUUACAUGGGCAUAUGACUUCUUCCAGGUUGAACAUUUAGGAGAGCAAUAGCUGGAUCAUUUUGCAAAUGAGAGAUUAGUAUUAUAAAAACUGAUGAAUGAUUAGUGGUUUUUCCAAUAUAGUUCCAACAUUUCAUUUCCACUAGCAGUGUGGGAAAAUUCUGUCUUUGAUCACAUUGCCAACAUUUGAUAUGAUCAUUUUUUAAUUUUGACCAUUCUCACAGGGGUGUAGUGAUGUCUCAUAAUUUCAAUUUACAUUUAUUUAAUGAUUAAUAAGG